CCAUAUAAUGAACUCCUGCACUGUCGCGAUAUGCGCUCUGGUCCUCUACGACCACGCAAUAUCACUCUCAAAAGAGAUCAGAUACUUCUGGAAGAGGGGAGUUCGGACAGGAUCCAAGUUAUUAUUCUUCUCAAAUCGCUACUCGCUAUCGGCAUAUGCCGUCUUCACUGUCGCAAACAUGGGCCGGCUCAGUCACAAGGUGUGUGGAUUCCAGAGUACGAGUCGUGCUGACUAGCUGACGUUGCAUAAGGGGUG